ACCCCCGCAGCCCACCCACCAUUCCAUCCACGGCGAGCAGAGCACGGGCGCCACGCCAAGCGGCAAAAUCCCGGAGGCAAUCGAUUGACUGACCAAUCGAUUGACUGACUGAUUACGCUCGCGGCGAAGGCGGCGGACAGGCAUGGGGGUGCUGCGGAGCACGCAGAGCAUGGAGGCGGAGGUGGAGGAGAUGCGGGCGUCCCUCCUGCUGCCGCCGCUCCGCCGCCCCGGGGCCGGGCCGCCGGCGUGGGGUAGGUCGGGCGCGGGCUCGGGCGGCGCGGCGGCGAAGAGGGCCCAGGGCGCGGAGGAGGGCGCCGCGGAGGCGCGGGACGUGUGCGUCACGGGGGGGAUUUCCUUCGUGGGGCUCGCCGUCGUCGACCGCCUCCUCCGCCACGGGUACACCGUCCGCCUCGCCCUCGAGACCCAAGAGGAUCUGGACAAGCUGCGGGAGAUGGAAAUGUUCCGUGAGAAUGGCAGGGAUGGGGUUUGGACUGUGAUGGCGAAUGUGAUGGACCCAGAGAGUUUGCACCGAGCUUUCAACGGCUGUGUUGGUGUCUUCCAUACCUCAUCACUCGUGGAUCCAGGGGGCAUAUCUGGCUACACGAAACACAUGGCGAGUCUGGAAACCAAAGCGGCAGAACGAGUGGUUGAAGCGUGCGUGAGGACGGAGUCCGUGAGGAAGUGCGUCUUCACCUCGUCAUUGUUGGCCUGCGUGUGGAGGCAGAGCUACCCUCAGCACCGUCGGUUUCCCACCACUGUUGACGAGAACUGCUGGAGCGACGAGACCUUCUGCCGUGACAACAAGCUGUGGUUUGCGCUUGGCAAGACAAUGGCAGAGAAAGCGGCGUGGAGGGCGGCACGGGGCAGAGACCUGAAGCUGGUGACGAUCUGCCCUGCACUGGUGACCGGGCCGGGGUUCCGGAGAAGGAACUCCACCCCCUCCAUCGCUUACCUCAAAGGAGCGCACGCCAUGGUGGCGGAGGGCCUGCUGGCGACAACGGAUGUGGAGCAGGUGGCGGAGGCACAUGUCCGUGUGUACGAGGCGAUGAACGGUACUGCUGGUGGGAGGUACAUCUGCUACGACCACAUUGUGCGGCGUGCUGAGGAGUUCGUCGAGCUGGAGCUCCAGCUGGGGCUCCAGGCCAGGGCACCACCCCCGCACGAUGAGCAAGCGGCCACGGCCAUAGCCACGCCGUCGUUUGAGCUCUGCAACAGGAAGCUGACGAGGCUGGUGUCCUCACGGCGACGGUGCACCCACGAUGCCUACCUCUCGGUGUCAUAUGACUAAGCUGACCGGAGGAAGAGAAGACGAUGUGGAAUGGCGGGCGUGCGUGGUGUUUGUACAGAGUUCUGCCACCGCGUUCCCUUCAGUAAUAAAGCUGAGCCAGCCAGAUAUAGAUAGAUCAUAUAGAUGUACAGAGAAAAAAAAAUCGUUGACCUACAGAGGUUUGGCUUUCAAUGGGAUCCAAUGAGAUCGAUCUAGGCAUGUGGUGAUGACCACGAGCUGAAACACUUGCACCUGCACUGAAUCCAAUGAAAUCUAGGCAUGAGGAUUUCUGCUUGUGCUAAGA